AUGUCAGUCGAGGGGGCUCAGGCUGCCGUCGGCACAAGCAAGGAUUUCCCUUCUGAAGAUGUCUAUGAGCCACAACAGGCUCUCUCGGAAUCUACAGAGAUGGAUGACCUCGAGCCGGACGAGUUUAGUGUCGAGAACAUUGAACGAAUCUAUAGAAAACUGGACUGGCGCAUUAUCCCCGCCUUCUGGGUUCUCUACUUUAUGUGCUCGGCCAUCCGCUCCAAUGUUGGUCUGGCGCAGACAAUGAACGCAGACUCUGGUCACGACCUUGCCCAGGUGUUGCAUCUGACUCCCCACCAGAUCUCAACUGGUUUGGCCUUGUUCUACGUUUGCUAUGUUGUGUUUGAUCUGCCUUCGAAUUUGGUCAUGACCCGUCUUAGUCCCCAUGUGUGGAUGAGCCGUAUCGUGAUUAGCGUUGGAUUGAUUGGUACCUGCAUGGUAGCGAUGAAAGCAGCCUGGAGCUUCUAUCUGCUUCGCCUGCUUCUCGGUAUCGUCGAGGCUGGCUUAUGGCCCGGCAUGACCUACUAUCUCACGCUCUUCUACCCGCCUUCGCGCAUUGGAAAGCGUAUUGGCCAGUACUUCACUGCUGCCCAGGUCUCUGCGGCUGUAGUCGGCCUCGUCUCUGCCGGUUUCCAAGAGAUGGAUGGCGCCAAGGGCUACGUCGGAUUCCAGUGGAUGUUCCUGAUCUAUGGUGUUAUCACUAUUGCUUUGGGAUUCGCCCAGCUCUGGUGGCUGCCAGACCGGCCCGUUGCACCUGGCGCGUCCGAGCCCGAGCGUCCUAAGAUGUUGCGCUGGCUGCCGCAGAGCCGACCUGCAUUGACUGGCCGGGAUGCGGUGAUUCACUACCACGAUAUGAAACGCGUUUACCACAACUCGAAGUGGACUUUGCGGGACCUGCUCCAUGUGUUUAUGGACUGGAGACUUUGGCCGCUGUUGGUCAUGUACUUUGGCGUUGUGGGUGUUGGUAUCGGUGUUCAGCUGUAUGCGAACGUGAUCAUCAAGGCGAUCAACCCGUCUCUGAAUGGAGUCGACCUCAGCCUGCUGACAGCUCCUAUCUGGAUUAUGGACCUUAUCGCUAUUCUCCUUGUUACCCCCUUCUCGGAUCGUUUCCACCGCCACCGCGCUCUCUUCUUCUCAAUCCCCGUUCUACUCCAGAUCCUGGGCCUACUGCUGACCAGCUAUGCCGGAACUGAGGAGAAUCCCUGGCCGCGGUACGGUGGUCUUCUGAUCGUCGGAUUUGGCCUUGGCCCAACUGUGCCCAUCACCAUGACGUGGACUGCAGAGAUCUUCCAACCACGCCAUGGAGAGGUCGGUGUAGCAGCUGCUUCUGCAGUCGUCUCGGGAUGGGGUAAUCUGGGCAGUAUCUUGACUACCUACGCCUUGUACUCGGGCUGGAAGAGUGACUACGAGGCACCUGGACGACAGAAGUACCGAAAGAGUAACUUGGUUAUGGUCGGUAUUCUGAUUGCGAGUAUCCUUGCUGCGGUUCUAAUGCAGAUCUUGCUUCGGUUGGUGGAUGGUCGUAGUAGCCAGACCGAAGAGGAAGUCGAUGGUGCUGCUCGUCGUGAGGUGCAGCAGCGUGGUCUGCAGGGGCUGGGAGCUGGGGCUCGACGGUGGUUGGGACGCGGCAAGGUUGACCGCAAGUAA